AUGGAUGACGCAGGAAAAGCUGCUUUGGGUGAACUCGGAGCUGCCAUGGGCGUUGAGGGACCUAUUGAUAUUGCAUUGUCCAAUGCUGUCCGAGCUCAAAGUUUACAGAUAAAUCCUGAUGAGCACUACCAAAUGAGUUGUUUGUUACUAGUUGCUAUAGCAGUCAGUCUUCCAAAACUGGCGACUGUAGAGUCAGCAGCAUACAAACCGAGUUUACGAGCAAGUUUGAAUAAUACCCACUGCAUUCCUUUGGCUGUCAAUACUAUGGCUGGAGCGCUAUUCCAUCAUCACGGAAGGGGUGAUAUACACCUGCGUAUGAAAGAAUUUUUGGCGCUGGCAUCCAGUAGUGUCUUGCGAGCGGCCCAAGAAAUGGAUGGACGUCUCGACGCAACAAAUAACCAGUCAGCUCUCUACAUAAUGCUUGAACAGGUAUACUGCCAGAUCAGCAAUCUUUAG